UCUCUCUAGCUUGAAAAACUACAAGCUGACCGGUUGCGGUCAGGAGAGGGUUACUUCGCUUUUUCUGUCCGCCAGCAGGCAGCCAAAAUGUUGGCAAUCCUGUCUGUGCUGUUUUUGUACCUUACUCACCCUGUUUGCGGUGUUAUUCAGAGACUUUUAUGCACCUUCAAAGACAGCUGUGACUGCGAUUUUAAGCCCAAUAUCAGAGACUUGGAGUGGGACCUCUACAAAAAUGUCUACGGACAACAUCUGGCCCAGGACAUCGUUUCAGAGGAGGUGGCAAGGUUCCUUCAGAAUAACAACCCCGAGCGGCCCCUGGUGCUGUCCUUCCAUGGCUCGUCUGGGACGGGAAAGACGCUGGUCAGCUCCAUGCUGGGAAAUCAUCUGUACGGCUCAGCGAUGAGCAGCCCGUACGUCCAUCAAUUUGUUCCCACGCUGCACUUCCCUUAUCCUGACCGGGUCAAUGAGUACAGGGAGGAGCUAAAGAGCUGGGUGCAGGGGAACCUGACGGAGUGCGCUCGCUCUGUCUUCUUGUUUGAUGAGAUGGAGAAAAUGCCCCCAGGUCUUAUUGAUGUGUUGCAGCCCUUCCUGGGUCCCUCCCACGUUGUGUUUGGCACCAACUACCGCAAGGCCAUCUACAUCUUCAUCGGCACCACAGGAGAGGAGGUGAUUAACAAAAUGGCACUGGAGAACCGGCAGUCUGGAGGGGACAGAGACGAGAUCAAGUGGGCAGACUUGCAGGAAGCCAUCGCACAAGCGGCCUACAACACCAACUCAAGCGGCUUCUUCCACUCCAGUAUUAUCCAGCACAACUACAUCACCCGCUUCGUUCCAUUUCUGCCUCUUAGCCGUCGUCACGUGGAGCGCUGUGUCCGCUCACAGCUCUGCCAGCGGGGCAGCUGUGGCCGCAGUGAUGUGGUGGACGCAGUAGGUGGGGACAUGAUCUACACUCCUGUCGAGGGACAUUACUUUUCCUCCACUGGCUGUAAGGCUGUCCCCGCCAAAAUCAACCUCUUCCUGUGAGAGGUCAGAGCAGCACCUCUGGAGCAGGCAGGGAUUCAGAGUCGAGGACGACUCCUCUCUGAGAGGACUUGAGCUCACAACUACCCUAAUCCAAAGCAGUUUUGUGCUGUCAGAGCUGAGCUUCUCUGAAGACAUUGCUGCUGGAGCAGUCGGUACAAAGCUGGUUCGUGUGGGCACAGGAGAGUUUUCCACGUCAUGCCAGAAGUCAUGCUACGCUCUACCUCAAAUCCAACUCUGCCUUUUAUUUAUGAAUUCUGAAGUUGGUACAUUACGGUUUUAUAUUUUAGCUGCAGUUGGUUGCCAUCAAUGGAGGCGAUCGAUUAAGUCUAUUUAGCCAGUAUUUAUUUCUCAAAACUACCCUCCUUUCACUUUUGUACAGUCACACCCAUUGUUGGAAACUCCUCAGUUGGAGCUCUCUGACUUCCUCUUUGAGAGUUAUACAAAAGGGAUCAAAGUUCUUAUGAAGGACUUAUUGGAUUUAAAACAUCUAAAUGUUUUCUAGGGAAAAUAUAUUUAAUGUCAGCGCAAAGAUGUAAAGAGUUCCCAAUUGUAGCAGCUAAAGACAAAGUUGAAAUUUAGCUUUGCAUCUUGUAUCUAACUUUUAUUUAACUUUUAAGGAGCCAAGAAAAAAUGUAGUUUAGGGGUUUAAGGGUUGAAGAGGGAACUCAUGAGCUCACACAACUAGUGUGAGCAUGUAAAACAAACAAAAGAACAAGGUUUUAACCUCACAAUUCUAAGUAAGGUUGGGAAAUAUACCAGCACUGGGUUGCACCAGCUAUGCCAAAAUUCAAACUCAGCCUAGUUUGAAUGUUAUUUCUAGAUUAACGUUAACCCUACCCCUCAGUAAGUGUAAAGUCCUCUGUAAAAAUAUCAGUUGGCAUGGCUCAUCGUUUUGAAAGAUGGGAUAAACUUGGAGAAGGAGCAGAUUUUACUGGCUGGUUUUCGUCUAAAUUUGAUAUUAGACACUAACAUAAUGUUAGCAUUCACAUAUAGGGUUAGAUAAUGUUCUUAAUUAACAAUUAACAAAGGGCUACUGAUUUAAAACAGCUUGCGAGUGUUGCCCCUAUAAUGUGCUUGUUAUGUUGUCACAACUUCAUCUGCCCAGUUACAGAACAUGGUUAUAUUAUCAUAUGAUGUAGCUGACUCGAUGUCACUGUUGUUAUUUUAAACCAGCGGUAGAUUAUGGUUGGAGGCUAUAGAUAUGAUAUCACCUUGUCAUAAAGCCAUGUCCUAUUUCAGGUACCUUUUGUUGUUUGUUGAUUAACAAUAGUUAACGGAAUUAUUUAUUUAUAGCCAUUAGUCCUUUAACUGAUUGGCCACAGGAAGUGAAAAAGUCAUUACUUGCACCAGUAUUUCGGUAUUGUAGGUAGUAGUCAGGAUACCUUACAUCCCUGUCAUGCAACCAAACAAAACCGUUUUAGUAUCAAACUAUAUAAUUUCCGUGUUUGGUUUAGUUUAGUGUGGACUUCACACUCUAAUUUAAGACAGGACUUACGCAUGGCUGGUGCAACAGGCUGCAGAGCUUAAAGCAAGAAAUUUAGUGUGUGUAUUUAAGCCUGUGCCAUCAUUGUUUUGAACCUUACCUUACCAUUAUAAUUUAACAUUAUACAGAAAUUAAAAUGAAGUCUGCCAUGAUUGUCCUCGAAUAAAUUAGAACUGAAUUCUGAAUGAAUUCUCAGCUCCCUUGAUAAAUGCAUUCUCUUACUUAACUUGCAACCUUGCUUUUUUUUCCUUCUAAAUCAUCCAACAUGUGCUUUACCAGACUACAUACAAUAUGUAAUGUAAAUGUAUAUUGUCUUAAAGUGUUUCUCAUCCACAAUUCUGUAUUGAGAUUCAAGUGAUAUGAAUGACCUGUCUGAAAAGUGCCAUAUCUGUUUUUUUAAAAAGUGGUAGAAAUCUGAAGAAGAUGGUUUUUAUUGAAAUACUUGAAUACUAUCACUCUGAUGGUGUCCAGCAGGGCUGAUGUCAUAGCUUUGAAGCACUUCAUCAGUUUUCCCAUCAGGUGGCAGUAAAGACUUCCUUUGACCUCAAGUGGAAGAGGUGAAGCAGAGUUCAGCUGCAGCUCAGUCCAGCUGAUCUUUGAGUGAGUUCUGUAAAGAUGUACAUUUGUUUCUUUGAUGUAAAAUGUUUGCCUGUGUGUUUAAACACACUGAAAGUGCACUUUAACUUUAUAGUGGAUAAAAUGGAUCUGAUGUGUUCUUGAGAAACAGUUUUUCUCACUCUUUGUGAAAGAAAAUGUAUAUGGUGAGAAGGUCUGCCAAAAUGAAUAGUUGUCAAGAGGAUGAAUUGUUUACAAUUAAUUACUGACUGUAAACUGUUAAUUAUUAGUUGUAUUGAAUGAAUGCUGUAUGAAGUCCUGCUGCAGCAAGUCAAACAUUUCAAAUCCUAUGAAAAUCAAGCUUAUUGAAUUUACAUGUGGAGUACAUGGAGGUUUUCUUAUUGGAACAAAGACAGAUUAACACAGCAGCAGACUGAGUAUUGACACAUGAUAUUCUUUACCGUUGAGACAGUGUUGUCAGCAUUAUCAGUUUUUAGAUUGCCUCCCUCUGGUAUACACAGAUGGUAGCCUGUAAACUUCCACCAGACUCAAUGCAAAUAUCAUUUUGGCAUGCAGGUGCCUUCAGAGGCCAGUCAGUGAGGAUAUUAUUAGUGGAAAUCAGAAACUGACAUGAUUUCCAUUCAUAAUCAUAGCAAUCACUAUUAAAAGUUGCCAUUAUUCUGAGGGUUGUUUGCGUGCUCCUUUAAGAUUCUGGCAUCUUCCAAUGUUAUGUGACCACUAUGUCAGUUUCAGCCUCUGAAGUGCCUACAUGUUGGUAAAUGAAGCUUACUCCAAAGCCAAAUGCCACUUCUGGUAAGACCAUGAAAUAAAGAAAAUAAACUACAAAA